CUGGGAAUUCUUUCCGACAGUCCCUGAACGCCUCGAGCUGCAAAACUGCGAGAGAAGCGGUGAUUGAAGAGGAUAGCAGAGCGGCGGUGGCGACGACGACGGCCAUCUUAGAGCUACCGUGGUAACCGACACACUCAUCUCCUGGAUUUAAUUUUUCAUGUGAGACAAACACUCCGCCUGACUGACGAAGGGAAGAGGAAGAAGAAGACGGCUGUUUUUAACUUCGCCGCGGUUGAACUCGAAGUCGGGAUGCGGUUCCGAGGGAACAAGCAAUUUGCAUCCGCAGUCGGACUGGUCCUCGGACUAUUAUGUGCGGUGGAGGCAGCUAAAGUUAAUAAGCACAAACCAUGGAUUGAGACAACGUACCAUGGGAUCGUAACAGAAAAUGACGACAAAGUUCUUCUGGACCCUCCUCUGAUUGCACUGGACAAAGAUGCUCCUCUACGCUACGCAGAGAGUUUUGAGGUGACCCUCACUGAAGAAGGUGAGAUUUGCGGCUUCAGGAUCCACGGGCAGAAUGUCCCUUUUGAGGCAGUGGUCCUGGACAAGUCCACUGGAGAGGGGGUUAUCAGGGCAAAGGACAAGCUGGACUGUGAGCUGCAGAAGGAGCACACCUUCACCAUCCAAGCCUACGACUGUGGAGAGGGUCCUGAUGGUGCCAACAUGAAGAAGUCUCAUAAGGCCACUGUCCACAUCCAGGUGAACGACAUCAACGAGUAUUCACCAGUGUUCAAGGAGAAGUCCUACAAAGCCACCGUCAUCGAGGGAAAGAAGUACGACAGCAUCCUGAAGGUGGAGGCGGUGGAUGCCGACUGCUCGUUCCAGUUUAGCCAAAUCUGCAACUACGAGAUUGUGACCCCUGAUGUGCCCUUCACCAUCGACAAGGAUGGCUUUAUCAAGAACACAGAAAAACUGAGCUAUGGCAAAGAGCGCAUGUAUAAACUGACCGUGACCGCCUACGACUGCGGAAAGAACCGAGCCUCUGAGGACGUGCUGGUGAAGAUCAGCGUCAAGCCCACCUGCAAGCCCAGCUGGCAAGGCUUCAAUAAGAGGAUUGAAUACGAGCCUGGCACUGGUAGUUUGGCCCUCUUCCCCAGCAUGCACUUGGAGACCUGUGAUGAGCCAAUCACGUCCAUCCGGGCCAGUAUUGAACUGGAAACCAACCAUAUUGGAAAGGGCUGUGAUCGUGACACCUACUCUGAGAAGUCUCUGCAUAAGUUGUGUGGAGCCAGCUCCGGCACUGUGGAGCUCCUUCCUGCUCCCAGCAGCUCUGCUAACUGGACCGUAGGGCUGCCAACCGAUAACGGCCACGACAGCGAUCAGGUGUUUGAAUUUAAUGGCACCCAGGCCAUCAAGGUUCCUAAUGGUAUGGUGAGCACCAGCCUGAAGGACCCCUUCACCAUUUCUGUGUGGAUGAGACACGGCCCUGGGGCCCACGAGAAGGAGACCAUCCUCUGCAACUCUGACAAAACGGAGAUGAACAGACACCACUACUCGCUCUACGUCCACAACUGCAGGCUGAUCUUUCUCCUACGCCAGGAGCCAUCUGAGGCAGAGAACUAUAAACCCGCAGAGUUUCACUGGAAGCUCGACCAGGUGUGUGACAAAGAGUGGCAUCACUAUGUGCUUAAUGUGGAGUUCCCCACUGUUUCUGUAUUUGUGGAUGGGACUACCUUUGAGCCCUUCCUGGUUACAGAGGACUACCCACUGCACGCCUCCAAGAUAGAAACUCAGCUCACAAUUGGUGCCUGCUGGCAAGAAAACUCAGGACAUGACAAUGACACUGAGACAGUCUCUGAGCCCAGUUCAGGUGGAAAUGCUCGAAUGGCGCAGUUUUUCCGCGGUAACCUAGCGGGGCUGAUUAUCCGCACCGGCAAGCUGGAGAACAAGAAGGUGAUCGACUGUUUGUACACGUGCAAAGAAGGACUGGACGUGCAGCUGCCUGAGGAGGUAGCUUCAGCCAUCAAGGUGGAAUUCAACCCCAACCAGUCCUCUCUGACUGUGGAAGGUGACGACAUCGAUGCCUUUGACAAGGUCAUGCAGCACAUCUCCUACUUAAACUCCCGCCAGUUCCCAACCCCUGGAAUCAGGCACCUGCGUAUCUCAACCACAGUAAAAUGCUUUAACGAGGAGUCCUGCGUAACGGUGCCAGAUGCUGAAGGUUACGUGAUGGUGCUGCAACCAGAAGAACCCAAGAUCAGCCUGAGCGGCAUUGACCACUUUGCCCGCAGUGCAGCUGAAUUUGAGAGCCAGGAAGGAGUGACGCUGUUCCCCGAGCUACGCAUUGUGAGCACCAUCACCCGUGAAGUGGAGGCCGACACGGAGUCCGAAGCUGCAGAGGGAGCUGACGAUGACCCUACAGUCCAAGAGACGGUGGUGUCGGAGGAAAUCAUGCACAACCUGGACACGUGUGAAGUGACUGUGGUGGGAGACGAGCUGGACGGAGAGCACGAGAGCCUUGAAGUGGACAUGUCCCAGCUGCAGCAGCGCAGCUUAGAGAUGAGCUCAUCCAACGUGGGGCUCGUCAUCACCGGUGUGAACACCAUGGCCAACUACGAGCAGGUCCUGCACCUUAUCCGUUACAAGAACUGGCACACCGAGGCUCUCUUUGACAGGAAAUUUAAACUGGUCUGCUCUGAACUCAAUGGUCGCUACAUCAGCAACGACUUUAAGGUCGAGGUUAAUGUAAUCCACACAGCCAGUCCCAUGGAGCAUGCCAACAAUGCCAUGGUGCAGCCCAACUUCAUCAACCCUGUCCAUCACGCCUCUGUGGAUCUGUCUGGGCAUAAUUUGGUCAACGCUCAUCAGGCCUCAGUGGUUCCGAGCGCUGCCACCAUCGUCAUCGUGGUGUGCGUCAGCUUCCUGGUGUUCAUGAUCAUCCUGGGCGUGUUCCGCAUCCGAGCUGCACACCAGCGCACCAUGAGGGACCAGGAAAACGGCAAGGAGAACGAGAUGGACUGGGACGAUUCAGCCCUCACCAUCACCGUAAACCCCAUGGAGACGUACGAGGACCAGCACAGCAGCGAGGAGGAGGAGGAAGAGGAGGAGGAGAGCGAGGACGGCGAGGAAGAAGAUGACAUCACGAGCGCCGAGUCGGAGAGCAGCGAAGACGAGGAGGGCGGCGAGCCGGAGGACCAGCAGGGGGCCAGCAGACAGCAGCAGCUGGAGUGGGACGACUCCACCCUCACCUACUAAACACACACAAGACACCCAAACAAGAGCUCCCGACACACACAUCAGAAAUUCACUCAUACUCCCUCCCCCACACACACACUCACAAACACAGCACUCCCUGCAGUUUCAUGUCUAGGAGCCAUGAUGUAAAAACUUAACAAAAAUAAAAAAAAAUCAAGAAAAGGAGAAACAUAAAGUCCCUUCAGCGUAUAUAUGGUCAAGGUUUUCCUGUUGUUAUCUUAGUGGUGGUACUCAGUGUAGUGUAGUCAUCACCAGAUUGCUGACUUUUUUUUAUUUAUUAUAUUUUAAUUCCCAGGAAAACCUGGCUUACAUUGGAACUGUGUGAGGAAGCCAACCCUGCACUUUGUUUGUUUUCUCUCAGAUGUACGGCUUUGAAGAGCAGAGUAAUCGCUUCUCCUGAUGUAUAUUCUUUGCUAAUGCUUGUAGAUUAAUUCGCUAAACUCACAACUAGCUCCGACUUGGGUUUUCUUGACUUGUAGUCCACAGUGAAUCGAAAAUGAUGCUUUUAACAAGUAGACUGCAUUUUCCUCUUCCAUUUCUUUUUUUUGUUUUUCUUAUUAGUGCAUGGAGAAAUUUGGGGGAAGUCAUGUGUAGAGAAAUAAAUUGCUUUUUAAAGAUUUUUGUAAAUAUAAUGAAACCAUGUAAUUAGUCAAUGUGUUAGUGAAGACCUAAUCAAUGGGGUCCAAUAUCUACGAUUAUGUAAUGUAGACUAUUUGUGUCACACAGGCUGUCGCAGCAUGCCGCUGAAUUUCUGCAAAAGCUGUUCCAUCACGCUUGUACAAAAUGUCUCGCUUCAUGAUGCGAAACCGAGGACUGUUCAGCGGUUUCCAUGACAAAAAGGUGUCCAUUUCGUCCCUUUUCUUUAAUCUUUUGCGAGGAGUAAAGUAGUUUCUUUUGCUUUCUCGUAGACAGAGGGCUUAGUUGACGGUUUCAGCUUCACAUGAUGCUUUUGCUUCGCUUGCACGCGUGGCAACGCUCUACUCCUGGCUUUAGUGUUGUUUCAUUCCCAGCAGAUCUCACUGAUGUACACUACAGAAGGAAUCUUCUUUCAGUUUCAGAAAAUGUCGUGUGGAAUCACAAAGAUCGGCUCAGCAGUGCCGUUCGUGGUGAAAAUAAGGGUACUAAAAUGUCCUCAGCAGCUUUAAAACCUUUGUCCCUGUUGUGGUUCAAGGAGAAACCCUUUCAAGCUACUGAAAGAAAAUGUUUAUGAGCUUUAGUGGAGACUGGCUGAAUCGUUGAAUUGCUGGCAAUGUUUUAUUUUUUUUUUCUUUUCAUGGCACGGCUAUUUUACCUAAAAUAAUAAUACAUAGCCUGUAUGAGGUACAUUUUAAACUGUUUGCUGCUUCAGCAGGAAAACACUUUAAAAAUGAAUCUUUGAAUCUUAAAGUGAGAUAUUUUUUUUGCAGUAGACCACUAGAUUUUAUUGUACAUGAAACUGUACUGUAGAGUUGUUCAAAGAUAUUUGUUUACAUUUGGUAAACUUAUUUUCCUUCGGGUAUUAGUAUGAAGCUUACGAUUGGGAAAGUGUGUCCGACCUCUUGUCUCCUCUCAGACACUGUUGUCCAUAACUUGUAUAUAAUCUUUCACCAGACCAGAUAAAAACGUGCCGUCACACUGAACGAUUUUAGUGUUCGUCUUUUAUGGGGGGGUACAGAGUAAAAUAUAAGCGUUUCCCAAACCUGCAUUUAUUACGACCAUGUUUGGGGCUUUGGAUUGUGCAGAAAAUGGCAUUAUCGGGAUUGGAAAAGUCUAUGCGUGCAAAUCCGUUUUCAGAGGCCAAAAUUAAUUAAAAACACCUUCAACACUUAUUAUUGUUGUUGAUGUAAAAAGUUUCCAGGCUACUUUUGUUUUCAGCUCAGUGAAUCCAUUUGAUUUAUUUGAUUUUCUUUAAUAGGUGUGCAUUUGAAACGUAGUGAACAGUCUCCCUUCCAUGAUGACUUUGGCUUGUUUUAAAAAAUGAAAAAACUAAAAAAAAAAAAAAAAAAAAAAAAGGGGGGGGGGGGCGCCAGGUCUGAGCCGGCUGAGAUGGGAGUGCCUUUUGCCGAUCAUAGCGUAAUUAGCUGGUCUAACAAACACACGUAUCCGUGCUCUUUUAUUUUUAUUUUUAAUGCUAGAUUUCUUUCGUAGCUGGGGAGACGUUUUCUCUCAGUUUGUCGCGAUAAUAGGCCGACGCUAGUUUUAUUACAGGUGAAAACAUUUUACGUAGAUGUCACGUGUCCUUGUUGAUGUGUAGAGGAGUAGAUCCACAUUGUAUCUUCUAUAGAUAUUGUACUUAAAAAUCAUAUUGACGGAAUCCACCUUUAAAAGAUGUACAUUAUGAAAUUGCUUUGGCAGCAUACAGCGUGUAUACUGACCUAUUUGUGUAUAGUGGAAGGUGAGUUUCUUUUUUCUUUUUAACAGUGUCCUGUUGCUUGAGCUGUUGAGAAACAAUAUUUUUUUUUUAAAUUUUUUUUUUUUUGAGGGCAGCAUGAAAUUUCACAAGAGUAUAUAUGCCUGUCGGUGACGCAAUUCUCACGGUUUCAUUGUGUCAAACACUUCAUGUCCACAUUUCAGCUACAGUUGAAAGGUUCACUAGCAUCUCGUUUGCUUUCUGGUGCGCCCCCAAUGAAUGUCACUGCCUAACAAUCUGAAAUGCAACCAUACUGUAACAACAUCAAGAUGAAGUAAGGAAGGGUGGGUGGAUGGACAGGUGGGUGGGGGUAUAUUGACUUUGCAUGAACCACAAGUGUGUGUGUACGCUCCACGUGGGCCUAUGAGACCGGAGUGAGAAAGGAGACGUGAUACACUACUGAUUCUCAGAUUGUCUGUUUCACACAUCCAUGACACUCAAGAAAUUUUUUUUUCUUUGUUUUAAAAUCUGCUCAAAAUGGACGGUGACGGUGUUUUCAGCGUGGUUGGAUGCUUCCUUUGUGCUUGUUGGAGCUGCUCUCUUUUCUACCAGUUGAAAGGCAAAUGUAGUGAGGUUGAUGCUUGCUCGUAAACAAAAUAAAGGAAGAUGAGAUGGGGUAUAA